AUGUUUCUGGCACAAGCUAAUAUACACCAAGAUUCCAGCAGCUUCGUAGGUUCGCAGCUACAUGCCGAAAACUUUAUCAGUCUGGGCUUUUCUCAGUCGCACCCCUUUUCGCGCGGUGCCACGCAUAUUACCUUGGCUGAUGCUACUGCCUUGCCGUCUAUUGACCCUCGCUACUUGUCCCAUCCUGCCAAUUUACAGGUCAUGGCUCUGCACCUGCAGCAGCUCGAGCAAUUUCGUCAUAGCCAGCAUCUUGCACCAUUCUUCAAAUCGGGUGGCAAGAGAAACCACCCUAAUGCUCUCCAUAUUGCAGAGGUGGACAAGGCCAAAGAAUAUAUUCUGGACACAGCCACUACGACGUAUCAUUCUUGCGGAACAGCGGCGAUGCUUCCCAAGGAAAAGGGUGGUGUCGUAGAUGACAGACUAAAGGUCUACGGUACGAGCAAUAUGCGCGUCAUUGACGCAAGUAUCUUCCCUUUGAUCCCGCGAGGUAAUAUUAUGUCUUCGGUGUAUGCCGUCGCGGAGCGGGCUGCAGAUAUGAUCAAGAGCGAUAGAUGA